UCUCUCUCUCUCUCCAAUUUUCCUCUUCCUCAAAGCUUAGAAAAUAUACCCAAAAUAUAAAGUCAAAAUAAACCCAUUUGAUAAAAUUUUACAAACAAGUUUUUUUUCUUGUUAGGUUAUGGGUUGCGCAUCUUCAGCUGCAGAUAGGAAUUCGGGAAGGGCUGCUGGACUCAAUCCUGAUAAUGGUGGAGCAAUUGACCCUAAAAAUCUCAAAGUGAAGCUGGUACUCUUGGGUGAUUCUGGUGUUGGUAAAAGCUGUAUUGUUCUGCGCUUUGUACGUGGUCAAUUUGAUCCGACAUCUAAGGUGACUGUAGGAGCUUCUUUUCUGUCUCAAACAAUAGCCUUGCAGGACUCAACUACAGUUAAAUUUGAAAUAUGGGACACAGCUGGUCAAGAGAGGUAUGCAGCACUUGCACCAUUAUACUACCGAGGUGCUGCUGUCGCAGUGGUUGUGUAUGAUAUUACUAGUCCCGAGUCUUUUGCAAAAGCACAAUACUGGGUCAAGGAAUUGCAAAAACAUGGGAGCCCUGAUAUAGUCAUGGCUCUGGUUGGCAACAAAGCCGAUCUCGACGAAAAAAGAGAAGUAACAACACAAGAUGGAAUUGACUGUGCUGAAAAGAACGGUAUGUUCUUUAUAGAAACAUCUGCCAAGACAGCUGAUAAUAUAAACCAGCUGUUUGAGGAAAUUGCCAAGAGAUUGCCACGACCGACUGCUGCUUGACCUGUAAGAAUAUAGAUUGACAUAAAACAGCUGCAGCAAUGCUGAUUGCUACGUACUGCCUGCAAUACUAUGUAUAUGAAGUCAUUCUCGGUCUCUUUUUCUCUGCACUAUUCUUGUUACGAUUUCUGAUCUUGUAAUUGCGGUCCUCUUCCACGAGACAUCUUGCUAUAUAACUGUGAGAAUUGAGCAGACUAAAAGCUCACUUCAACUUGUGAAAGUUUGAAAUAUUUGAAUGAUUCAGUGACAUAUAUGUUUCCAGUUCA